GAAAAGAGUGGGGAAAAAACAAAAACAAUCAGUGCUGGCCGCCAUCUUGAAUUCAGUCUACUCACUGAAUGAGAGGGAAACGACUGGAGGAAGAUCGUCGGUCAAGGAGACCCAUGACAGCUGGAGGUUUUAAGCGAAAUACAGUCGAAAGCCUAAAUUAAUACCAAUCGAAAGGCAGCUGUUUUAAUCACUCUUGGCUACCGCGAAACGUUGUGCGCUUCGACAGUGAAGUUAUUUUGUAACCUAACGUUAGGUUUGAACUUGUCGCCCCGAUCGGGUCCUACCCGCAGUUAGCUUAACUUAUCCAGCUGGCUUCUUUCACACAACCAGUCUGGCGAAGGCAGCAACGUCACUCGUCGUUUUUUAGCAAAAUAUGUAUAAAAACAAGUAUUGUUUUUUUUACAUGCUGCAACGCGGUGGAUCUGUCAUGUUGGUUGUCUGACGUCUGGAGAAGAAUACAGUUGAACAAGGAUCUUAAUUUGCGGUGUAUUUUUAAACCAUUGCUGACUGAUAAAGUUCAGCUUCCCGUGUGGAGAAGAGCCUUUGGAAAUCUGGACCGUACUUCUGACUUGGCAAACAUUAGCUGAAUGGAGGUUGUUUCAUCUUCAGCCUUUUUGGAUUUAACACUCGAAUAGAACGAUUUUGCAACAUAAUGGUCUGAGAGUAAAUAAACAGUGUUGCUUUACUGUAUCGCCACGAGUUGCUGUUUGGAAAGUUCAGAUGGCAUUGCUGCUGCUUGCUUGCUAAUGUAAAUGAUAUGAAUCGAUGCAGAAUUUGGUGAUAAUGCAAAUCCUAAAUAUGUCACCGCUCCCGGACUGUGCGAUGCCGUGUUUCUCUACCUCUAUAUUACUGCAAAUAAUCAGCAAUUAACUUUAAAAAAACAACCUUGAGCUGGCGGAGCUGCUUCGCUAUCCAAGCCAAGGCUAUUGAUCUUUGGUGUAGCCAACUAACGUUAGUUAUCUGCAAAGAUAAUUGCUAGUUAAGUUAUCUGAAGCGUUGUAGAUAGCUAAUAGUUAAAUUGCUAACAUUAAGUGUUAAAUGAUUUUCAGCACCAGCAGUAAGGUGAUAUGCUGGCUAAUAUGAAAGCUGGCUAAGUUAUCUAUCAACAAGCAAGCUUGCGGUAAGAUAUUUUUUUCUGAGCUACACUAUUAACUAUUAACACUAGCGAGUGCUAUCUAUUUCUGCCAAGUAUCCGCUGUGAUUUUUCACCGUUGGAUCCCUCAGAUGUUUAGCUUGCUAGCUGGCUUAUUCCUUCUCUAAAAACUGGGUUGGUAGCCAGAAAACAGUAUAUCUGACGAAGUUAGCUAGGCAGAUGCAAGUGAAGAACAUACAAGCCCAAUGACACGUUUUUCGAGUUCGGUACGAUAAAUAUAGGAGCCGGGAACGGGGCCUUUUCCAGCAAAGAUCUGGGAUUUUCCAGCGUUGAACUACAUGUCAGUUUUAUUUGCAAUGAGUUCGUUUGAUUUUUCUUCUUGACGGACAUUUAAAGCAAGCCAAAUUAACAGUAAGCUUGAAAGAAUGUGUCUAUUUCACAAAUUCAAGUAGCAAAAUACACACGGCACAAGAACUGAACACCAGCCCCUUGUUGAACUAAACGAAGCCGAAGGAUUUCCUCGAAAUAAAGGAUUUGUCACUGGAUUGACCAUGGGAACAGCAACCAAACUAGCCUUUGCCGUGUUCCUAAUUUCGUGUUCCUCAGGCGCCAUUUUGGGCCGGUCGGAGACGCAGGAGUGCAUGUACUACAACGCCAGCUGGGAGAAGGACCACACCAACCGCAGCGGGGUGGAGCGCUGCGCGGACGAGAAGGACAAGCGCCGCCACUGCUUCGCCACCUGGAAGAACGUGUCGGGCUCCGUGGAGGUGGUCAAGCAGGGCUGCUGGCUGGACGACAUCAACUGCUACGACAGCGGCGAGUGCGUGGAGAAGAAGGAGGAUCCGGACGUGUUCUUCUGCUGCUGCGAAGGGAACAAGUGCAACGAGAAGUUCUUCUACAGCCCCGACACGCAGCUGGUGCAGACAACCUCGAACCCGCCGAAGCCGCCGCUGUUCAGCACGCUGCUGUACUCCCUGGUGCCCAUCAUGGGCAUCGCCGCCGUCUUGCUCUUCUCCUUCUGGAUGUACCGCCACCACAAGCUGGCGUACCCGCCCGUCCUGGUGCCCACCCAGCACGCCUUUCAUAUAAUGAUAGAGGACCCCGGCCCGACCCCGCCCUCUCCCAUCCUGGGGCAGAAGCCGCUGCAGCUGCUGGAGGUCAAAGCCAGGGGGCGCUUCGGCUGUGUGUGGAAAGCACAGCUGCUCAACGAGUACGUGGCUGUCAAGAUAUUCCCCAUUCAGGACAAGCAGUCGUGGCAGAACGAGUACGAGGUGUACUCCCUCAGCGGCAUGCAGCACGAGAACCUACUCCACUUCAUCGGCGCCGAGAAGAGGGGCACCAACCUGGACGUGGAGCUGUGGCUCAUCACCGCGUACCACGAGAAGGGUUCGCUGACAGACUACCUGAAGGCCAACGUGGUGUCCUGGAACGAGCUGUGCCACAUCGCCCAGACCAUGGCGAGGGGGCUGGCCUACCUGCACGAGGACAUCCCGGGCCUGAAGGACGGCCACAAGCCUGCCGUCGCCCACAGGGACAUUAAGAGUAAGAACGUUCUGCUGAAGAGCAACCUGACGGCCUGCAUCGCGGACUUCGGCCUGGCUCUCAAGUUCGAGGCGGGGAAGUCUGCCGGAGACACGCACGGGCAGGUCGGUACGAGGCGCUACAUGGCUCCUGAGGUGUUGGAGGGCGCCAUAAACUUCCAGCGAGACGCCUUCCUGAGGAUCGACAUGUACGCCAUCGGGCUGGUGCUCUGGGAGCUGGCCGCCCGCUGCACUGCGGCCGACGGCCCUGUGGAUGAGUACAUGCUGCCGUUUGAGGAGGAGGUGGGGCAGCACCCCUCCCUGGAGGACAUGCAGGAGGUGGUGGUGCAUAAGAAACUGCGGCCCCCUCUGAGAGAGUGCUGGCAGAAACAUGCUGGCUUGUCCAUGCUGUGUGAGACCAUAGAGGAGUGCUGGGAUCACGAGGCAGAAGCUCGCCUUUCGGCCGGCUGUGUGGAAGAGCGCAUCAUCCAGAUGCAGCGGCAGACCAACAUCAUCGCCCCGGAGGAGAUCGUCACCGUCGUCACCAUGGUGACCAACGUGGACUUCCCGCCCAAAGAGUCCAGCUUGUGAUGGCCUCUGCCAGUGGCAUCAGAAGUGCACUGACCACCGAGACAGGCCUGAUGAGCCUCUGAACCACUGCAUUUGUGUACGGAGGGUCCAGCCCGCUCCACUCCACAAAACUCACACACACCCCUGCGUUUGUGUACGGAUGGUCCGGCCCGCUACACAAAACUCAACACACACCCCUGCGUUUGUGUACAGAUGGUCCGGCCCGCUACGCAAAACUCAACACACACCCCUGCGUUUGUGUACAGAUGGUCCGGCUCACUCCACAAAACUCAACACACACCCCUGAGUUUGUGUACAGAUGGUCCGGCCCGCUCCACAAAACUCAACACACACCCCUGCGUUUCUGUACAGAUGGUCCGGUCCACUCCACAAAACUCAACACACACCCCUGCAAUUGUGUACAGGUGGUCCGGCCCGCUCCACAAAACUCACACACACCCCUGCAUUUGUGUACGGAUGGUCCGGCCCGCUCCACAAAACUGAACACGCACCCCUGCAUUUGUGUACGGAUGGUCCGGCCCGCUCCACAAAACUCAACACGCACCCCUGUGUUUGUGUACUGAUGGUCCGGCCCACUCCACAAAACUCAACACACACCCCUGAGUUUGUGUACAGAUGGUCCGGCCCGCUCCACAAAACUCAACACACACCCCUGCGUUUCUGUACAGAUGGUUCGGUCCACUCCACAAAACUCAACACACACCCCUGCGUUUCUGUACAGAUGGUUCGGUCCGCUUCACAAAACUCAACACACACCCCUGUGUUUGUGUACAGAUGGUCCGGCCCGCUCUACAAAACUCAACACACACCCCUGUGUUUGUGUAUAGAUGGUCCGGCCCACUCCACAAAACUCAACACAUACCCCUGCAUUUGUGUACAGAUGGUCCGGCCCGCUCCACAAAACUCAACACGCACCCCUGCGUUUGUGUACAGAUGGUCCAGCCGCCCAUAUUCAGGAAUAUCAGCCUCAGACUGGUUCCUACCAGCACCAACUUAGCUACAUGCGUGCCUGAAGACAUUAGCCUGACACAGGCCCACAGUGGGAGAGACCAUACCACAGUCAUCCAGUCUGGAGUCUUCACCAUAGAAACGCGGAAUCGUCUGCUUGGCAACCGGUCAGCGUCGUUCGAGUCAAACUUUGGGCAGGCGAUUUUUUUUUCUCUUUGUAUCGAAAAAGAACUUCAUCAAACGGACUUCUGCUAGUUUUUCUAAGAAAAAGAAAAAUGGAGAAAAAAAGACCCACACCAUGCAUUUCAUUUCAGUAUAAAAAGGGCGACUUGUUUUUAAACGCAUUUGCUGUUUUCGUGUUUAUAUAAGUGACUAUUGUAAUGCCAAUAAGAAACAGCUUCUGAAUGUGGUGCAAUGCUGCUGUGUACCUCCAUCAACGGGGAAAAAAAACAAAACAUGUAAUCAAGGGUAUUUGAUGGGAUUCACCUCCAAGCAUUACUUUAAAUAACCAUAAACCUCCCUCAACAAGGAAAUACCUCAGUUCCACCUCUAACACUAAAAACAAUCCAAAACAUUCAGAUGAAACCUGUUCCGUCUCGGUUAAUUUUUUACACGACGGAAGAAAAAAAACAAAACGGAGAGAAAACGAGAGUCGGCGGCGUUUUUAACCGAGUAUGCCAAUAGCUAACGGCCAUGUGCGCGUCUGAAUCUUCUCCUCUAUUCCGCCUCUCCUGCUCGUGGCUUCUGUUCUAUCGUUUGCCCUGCUGUUUUAGAAGCAAUUCUUCUUGAAUCAUUUAAUUACUGCUGUUGUGUUUAUAAAAGUUUAUUGCUCUUACAAGUGUAGUUAGGAGAAACAAAACCCUGAAAAUCUGAACUGCAGAAACAUUUUAAAGCACUUCCCUCUGUAGAUUUGCUGUGUCUGUGUAAUAUUUAAAGAUAUGUGUACGCCUUUUUGCCAUUCGUUUUUUUUUUUUUUUUUUUUUUGCCCCCCUCUGUGAGUUGAGGCUGGUAUCUCUCGCUGUCUUUCUCUCUCUCUCUCUCGGGUUAGCGUGCUGGUAUCAGUGUACCGAACACAUCUCAGGAAUCCAUUUCAGAUCCACCCUUUCUGCUUUGAGCCACAAGUGACUUCUCUGUCUCCCUCUCUCCGUCUCUCUCUCUCUCUCUCUCUCUCUCUCUCUCUCUCUCUCUCUCAUCCUGGUGCCAUUAUCUCCUGCUGAGUGCUCAGUGUGGAUGCUGCAGCUCUGACCGGGACACAAAGCACACAAGUCUCAUCGUUAAGGGCCUCUGCUGGGUAGCGUGAGUCUCAUCGUUAGGAGCUUGGCUGGGUAGCGUGAGUCUCAAGGUUAGGAGCUUGGCUGGGUAGCAUGAGUCUCAUCAUUAGAAGCAUCGUUGGGUAGCGUGAGUCUCAUCAUUCGGUGCUUCGCUGGGUAGCGUGAGUCUCAUCGUUAGGAGCUUGGCUGGGUAGCACGAGUCUCAUCGUUAGGAGCUUGGCUGGGUAGCGUGAGUCUCAUUGUUAGGAGCUCUGCUGGGUAGCAGGAGUCUCAUCGUUAGGAGCUUGGCUGGGUAGAGCCAGCUCCAGGCUAACCACGCAGCAGGAGCCGUUCCUAACGUCCCGGAGAGCCGUUUGGUAGGACUCUCCGAAUUCCAGGCCCCGCGACGUGCAGCCAGCACCACAGCCGCGCUAACCUUCACACCGGCUUUCCGCACAGACUCGUUUCUGUGCCGGCUUUCCUUUCUACACAGGAGCUGCAUCAGGGAUACAGUACUAUGCUUUACUAAAAGUACCGAUAUGCAAUCAGCAAAGGUUUAGUAACUUUUACACAAACUGUAGCAUUUCUGAACCAGUUUCAUUCGCUGGCUGACAGUCGCAGGCCGCAUGGUAACUGUAAGGGGUGGAGGGGGGGAGGGGGUGGAGGUCAGCAGUUUCCCCCCUCCCCAAGCCCCCCCCCCCCCCCCCCAUCGGCGCUCUUAAAGGCCGGCGGGGUGGGUCUGGCGGCUCACUCGUUGCUCCAGCACGUAGGCCCGGCUGCGCUCGAACCCGGGAACAGCAGCGCACGUCACCCCCAUCACCGUCCGUCCGUCUGUCCGCACCGUUGCACUCCCAGCGCGGAGGGGCGGGGCUAAGGCAGAUAUGCAAAUCUUACCGUGUGCACACCUGCCUCGUUUCAUCUCCUCUGUCGUCGUGCUAAAGAAACUGAAUGUAGCCGUGUGACCCGCCCACAGGUGGGUUGUUCGUAUCGUCUAGGUGUCCUUUGUCUCACCGCCCCCCCUUCAGUUAUUUUUUUUUCCCCCCCUUUUUAAUACUAAGGCUUUUUGGACAAUCCCGUCCUGCACCUGUUGCUGUACAGAUAUUCUAUAUAUGCCCCCCCCCUAAAGAAAAUAUAUAUAUAUAUUAAUGGGGGGACCGGGGCAGUGCCCAGUACUCUGGAAAGUAUGGAGCGGUUUUACAUAUUUGUGUACCGUGAGCUCCGUAAUGUUUGGGACAAAGAUGUUUUUGUUUUUUUAAACUGACUUCAAGCAGUUAUUGCAUGUAAUGGAUAUGCAACAAGUGACUACUUUCAUUUACAUAACUUUAACAUGUCCCAAACAUUAUGGUGCCCUGAAAAAAGGGACUAUGGAUAAAAAGUUCUGUAAUUUAUACAUGGUGGAACAGCUGUGUAUUAAAAAAACCCUUAAAUAAAUAAAUGCCCUUUAAUAAAAGCUGAGAAUGUGCACUUUAACCACAUUGUUUGUUUAUGAAUCUAAAAUUUAUGUACAGAGCCAAAUCAAGGGCUCCCAAAUGUUUGUCCCAAACAUUAUGGAGCUCACAGGAUAUUAUAUAUAUAUAUAUAUAUAUAUAUGUAAAACAGAUCCAUCAAUUCCAGAGCGCUGGGCACUGUCCUCUCCCCUCAUUAACAAAAGCCAAAUCCCCCCUCAAGUCAUUGGCUGCAGACUUCAUGGAAUGCACAUUAUGUAAAUAUGAAUGUCGUUUUUAGAUUGUGAAUUUAGCAUGAUGUUGUUUUGCCAUUUUAUAUCAUAACACAAAAAAAAUUUAGAAAAAAAGAAAAUCCUUCAUAAAGUACUUAUUCCAAAAUAAAUUUUUUUACAUUUUGUAUAUCUCUAUUUUUAAUUGUACUAAUUUAUGUCAAAGUCCGCGGUCACCACGGUCACCCCUCGCUGCGGAUGGCACCCUGGAUCGACGUGUCGUUUACCUCGGCUAAAGCGCAACCCUUUCCCUGUUUGACCAGCAGUGGGUUUUUUCCUUUUUUUUUCUUUCCCUUUUCCUUUUCUGAAAGCGGUUCAGUUUUGUGACACAUUACCUCUCGAUUAUGCCAGAAAGCUAACACUGCUAAACUGUGUUAGCUUUGAAUCUCUAUACCCAGCCAUGUUCUGUACAUCCUGGUCUCAAAGCUCCCUUCCUCCCCCUUCUGUAAAAACUUGCCAUUUUCUAUUGUUUUGCAAGUAUUUAAUAGUUGCAGAGGCCUGAUUGGAAGUGAUUGUUAAAUAUUGUACAGAAAUUGUAUGUUGCCCUCCUCCCCCAUAAAAUAAAGUAUAGCUCUGAUUGGUCUCUACACUUCGCUGUUGUGGAGCAUCCAUAAUGCUCUGGUCACAUGGUCUGUGAUGUAAUUAGCUGUACAGUUAUUAUAUUUGACACAGAAGUACAGUAAACGUAUGCAUAAUUGUAUUUAUGACAAUCUGCCAUUUAAAAGUAUUAUUUUAACUUGUAUGCUGAUUAGCAUAGCCAGAAAUAAAACUACAUACUAGAAUCUUCUGAAAAUGUAACUAGCCCAAAGGCAUAUUUUAGUCCUUUUUCCAUUUUAAAAUAUCCUGUUGAGAGCGUUUCAUUAUAUUGACUGCUAUUCAUCAGAAGCCUGUAUCCAUGGUAACAGUGAGUUUGACAGUAAUACUUAUUCUGCUGUACAGGAUACAAAUAAAUGUGAACGUUUUUCAAGAACUAACUGGUGUACUGGUUAAACGUGUACUUGUACACGCACACACAAAAUUCCCCCGACUCCGUCAUUCACGUUGAGUGUUCAAGAUUAAACGUAAUUCCUGUGAUGCUUCCUGCAUGUGUAAAUGUGAAAUGGUAAUUCAAAAAAUUUCCACUAGAUGGUGAUAGCUUUCUGCGGUUUUUCCUUGCAGUUUCAAUAAUGCUAGUGAUUGUGCCGUGUAGUGGCUUCACGUACAUAAAAGAAUACGAUGCUCGGGUGAGUCAGCGCUUAUAUAUUAUUAUUUUUAUUUAUUUGAUAACAAGCUACUCUGGCAUAUUGCAUUCACGGCAUGUUGAGAAUAGGAGGAUUCAGACAUGUAACAGAAAGUAAGUUUAUUAUGUUAGGGCUUAUCUGUCAAAUUACUUGGAAAUUAAUACUGGAUUAAAAAUAAAUUCUAAUCAAUCUAAGAGAGAAAAUGUGAUGCUUUAAAGAGCCAAAUAUAAAUGAUUAUAUUUCCAGACAGAGUUUAUAGUAGACUAGUUUUUAUAUCACAAUGUUUUCACAGCUACUAAGGGUGGAAAUUAUGUGGCUGGAAAUUUGUGGAAUUUUUUUUUUUUUUUUUUUGGAAUACAAAAAAAAAUUAAUUGGGGGAUGACCUUGACCUGCUGUGUCCAACUCUGUUAAGAUUGUCAGUGUGAAGCCCCAUUUAACGAUAGGCCAGUAUGUAUUUAAUUGGUUGCAUGGUUCAGCGCUGGUGAAUUCUGGCUUUUUAUUUUAUUUUAUUUCAUUUCAUUUGAAAGUAUGGUGACCAGUCAUUCUGAAUGUUCUCCAGAUGGUAUUGGCUCAGUGGCGAUACACAUUUACUGUAUUUAUGUAUUUCCUGUAGUUGUUCAGAGAUUCUUUUUUUAGAUAGAACUGUAACAACCUGAAAUAAAGAAAGUUAGAUAACUUUUGAUUA